AUGCAGCAUCCGCUGGUGCCAGAGUUCGAGCAGUGUGUGUCGUUCGGCGCGUUCUCCAACAUGGCUCACGAGAUAGCGUACAACGUGGCUUGUCUGUGCGCGAUGUACUUCGUGCCUCUACUGAUCAUCUCCGCGUGUUACAUCUGCAUCUUCUGCAGGAUUCGACGCUGCAGCAAUGAGCUGGAUGAUAACUGCAUACACAAGAACGAGAGAGUUUCUGGCGAUCGCUUGCGGCGUUCUGACCACCGACUGCUGGAGCGAGCGAAGCGCCGUACGCUGCGUAUGACCCUCAUCAUAGUCACUGUGUUCGCUUUCUGCUGGCUGCCUUAUGCCGUUAUGACCAUGUGGUACAUGAUAGACCGAAGUUCAGCAUCACGCGUGUCGCCGCAACUUCAGGACAUGUUGUUUGCGAUGGCAGUCUCCAACUCCUGCAUGAACGGCGUAGUUUACGGCUCCUACGCUCUACGCUCCAGUGAAACCGUUCAGGAGCUGUUGAAGAAAACAUACUGUUGGGCAAUUUCUUCUACAACGAACACAGAAGUUAUUUCAAAAUCGAGCGUCAACCCGCGGACGCGCUUGGGCGUGCGUUUUGCGGAGACGCCGCUAGUGGAGGCGCAGAGGGCAAACGAGUCGCGUGCGGGGCACGCGCGCGCCUCACGGCCGCCGCCGCGCCUACGUUGCGCACCGCACGAGCGACAGCGCGCACUCCUCCAGUGCCGCGCGGCGAGUGAGCCGCUUGUCUAG